GACCUCAUGAACUUUCCGUUUCGGAUCGAACGCACGCUUCCACACGAGAAUUCUCCAAAGUCCAAAUGCCCCUUAGCUAAGCGCAGUGCGCACCCUACCAACGACGCUUUUAACCUUAUAUCACGGAUUACUCACGUAAGCUCCUGUUUUCUUCUUAACCUACGCCGCUAGUAUGCGCAUUACGCCCCACUGUUCUAUUAUUCACCCAAAAGAAAAAAAAACAAUUGAUUCUUCUUCUUUUUCCUUACUCCAAACAAUAUAAAUAUACUCUCAGAAUAUCCAACCAAGGAAAAAGAAAAAGAAAAACCAAAUCUUGUUUCCGUUUAAUCCCUGUAUUCAUGCAUGUCGACCCAAAAAAUGGAUCCAGAGAGGUCCAUCUACGGUGCAAUGGCCGGUAACUUUAUGAGACCGACAUGGGCAGCACUGCUUCUUCUCUUGACAGUUGUUGCUGUGGCGUCUUUGCAAAUCACGACGAAGGCGGCGUUUCCGAGGUUCCCGGUUAUUCCCGUUCCGGCGACGGCGCUCUCUUCUUCUUCGAUAUCGACGACGGAUGAUUCGAGAAGCUGUUCUGGAUUUUUCGAGGGGGUUCGGAGGAGGAAGGUGGUGAUGUCGAUCAGGGAUGAUUUUGGUGGAGUUGGAGACGGGAAGACGUCAAACACCGAAACGUUUCGGCGUGCGAUUGGGUUCCUGAAACGUUUUGGGAAGGAAGGUGGUUCUCAGCUGAACGUGCCGAGAGGAAGGUGGCUAACGGGAAGUUUUAAUCUCACCAGUAAUUUCACGCUUUUUCUUGAGGACGGUGCUGUAAUUGUGGGGUCCCAGGACCCUGAGGAGUGGCCUAUAAUUGAGCCAUUGCCUUCCUAUGGAAGAGGGAGAGAGAGACUAGGAGGGAGACAUAUAAGCCUUAUUCAUGGAGAUGGUCUUUCAAAUGUUGUCAUAACAGGAGAGAACGGAACAAUUGAUGGUCAAGGGAAAAUGUGGUGGGAAUUGUGGUGGAAUAGAACAUUGAAGUACACCAGGGGUCAUCUUCUUGAGCUUAUGAACUCUCACAAUGUUCUCAUCUCUAACCUAACACUCCUCAAUUCUCCCUUUUGGACCAUUCACCCUGUUUACUGCAAUAACGUUGUUAUCAAGAAUAUGACUAUUUUGGCCCCUUUAAAUGCCCCAAAUACUGAUGGUAUAGACCCAGAUUCAAGCACUAAUGUAUGCAUUGAAGACUGUUACAUUGAGAGUGGGGAUGAUCUUGUAGCAGUGAAGAGUGGAUGGGACCAAUAUGGAAUCAUUAUGGCUCGUCCGAGCUCAAACAUCAUAGUGAGAAGAGUCUCAGGUACAACUCCCACCUGUUCCGGAGUCGGAAUAGGUAGUGAAAUGUCUGGUGGGAUUUCAAAUGUGACUAUUGAAGACCUGCACAUCUGGGAUUCAGCAGCAGGGGUACGUAUAAAAUCGGAUCAGGGCAGAGGGGGUUACAUAGCAAAUAUUAGUAUAAGCAAUAUAAAAAUGGAGAGAGUGAAGAUACCAAUAAGGUUCAGCAGAGGUUCUAACGACCACCCUGAUGAAGGAUGGGAUCCUAGUGCUGUUCCCAAAGUAAAGGGUAUUUAUUUCAAUAAUGUGAUUAGUCUGAGUUCAACAAAAGCUCCUCAAUUAAAGGGUAUUGAGGGGGCAUCAUUUGAAGAAAUUUGCUUUAAGAACUUCACAAUGCUUGGUUUGGCAAAGUCUACAGCAUGGCAUUGUGAGUUCGUGUCAGGUUAUGCUAAUGAGGUGUUUCCAGCUCCUUGUCCUGAGUUACUAAACAAUGCCUCUUCCUUGUUGUGUUCAUAGCAUUGUGCCUAUGAACGAAUUCAGAAUGCUAUUUUUGUUUCAAUAUGGAGGGCUUUCUCGCACAGUUAUGCACUGGGGUGGUUGCCUUUGCUCCGAGCAGGUUCAAAUGUGAAGCAGUGUAAAUAUGGUUAAAGAUUGAAUGGGGCGUGUACCUAGAGAACCAUCAAGUUUUGUGGAUGAAGAUGGUAAUUUCUCAAGGACACUUGGAAUAUGGUUUGUACAGAUGUAUCUUGUGUUCCAAGUUUUCAUCGUCUGGUUUAACUGUUUUGAGUUUUUAUUUUGCUGAUACCCUUCCCAAAAGAGAGGAUUGAUCACGUAUAGAGGCUUUCAGAAAAGUGAUUACAACAUUGAAUACAAAUUACCAUUUAUUUUAUUAAUUUAUUUUCAAGCAAAUAUUUUGGUUCCAGACAUCAUUUUUGUACAAGAUGGGCUUAAAAAUUUAUGGUUAAUCUAGAUUCAGGUGGAUGAUUACUCACUGGAUUUUAGUGAGGAAUGGAAAAAAUAAAGGAAGUGUAAAGAAAAAAAAUUGUGGAGAAUAAAAGAAAUUUUCAUGUUUGCAUGGAGGCUAGUGUUGAAUCAUGUUUGUUACAAUCCAAAUAUGAGAAUUAAUUUUUUUUUU